CCUACUCUUUAGAUUUCAUUAUUCUUACAAUAAUAAUUACGCUCACAUCUUUACUAACCAAACAUCACUCAGUUAUCAAUCAACGAACACUCGGAGAAGAUGAAGAUUCUACUUAUGCUAACAAGUGCAGCAAUUAUACAGGCUGCUGUUAUUGAAAACAAAGACCAAGAGGACAAAAAAUGUGAUGGAGUCAUAAUAGAUAAUGUAUAUCACGAUAUUGAAAUACUAAAAACUGACAUAGAUAGACCAUACUUAUUAGCCGUAGACUAUAGCACCAAUACAGUUUAUUUCAGCUAUAGCCUUAAUAAAGAUGACGAUGUAUUCAAAACAGCGUAUGUGAAUUUAAACACAAAAGAAUAUGCUGAUUUACAAGGUAUUAAUAACGGGUUUGCGCAGGCAGUUGAUCAAAAGAAUCACGAAAUAUAUAUCGGUGGAAGUGAUGGGUUGUACAAAUAUAACCACAUAACUAAAACAGGAGAACGUAUUGGCGCUAAAGAUAAUGACGUUUGGAUUAUUUACUUCAAAGAUAUACUUUACUACUCUACUUUUCCAGAUCAAUUUUUUUAUACGUUCAUCAACGGAGAAUCAAGCCGAUUCAAGGAUCUUGAAAAUACUAAAGUAGAUCAGUUUGUGAUUGACAAUGAAGACGUAAUGUUCUUCACAAAUGGAACUGGUUUGUUUGGUCAGAAGAAAGGUACACAAACCGCUGUUUUAUAUAAAGCAUCCAGUGAAGGAAUGAGAGCGCUAACGACAGAUAUCAAUGGGAAUGUGUAUGUGUGUACUGUUGAUGGCAUUUAUAAAAUAGAUAAAUCUACAGUUUCCGUGGAAAAGGUUGUGGACAUUGAUGAUGCAUUUGGGUUGGCUUUCGACAACGAAAACAAUAUCGUUUACUCGGAUGCCACUAACUUGGUAAGGCUUAAGCCGAAUAAGUCUAAAACUUGUGAAAUUAGUUAACAGUUUUAAAAUCUUUUUCAGCGAACAUAUAAACAACAAUGUAUGUAUUAGUAUAAAACCACUUAUAGCAAAGCAUUCUUAGUGAAAAUAAAGCAGUAAACGGUU